AUGAAGAACCAAGACAAAAAGAAUGGGGCCGCCAAGCCAUCAGGCAACACUUCCAACCCUAAAAGCAACCCGGGGCAAGGGGGAGCGGGACCAGAGGGAGUCCAGGCCGCAGCACAAGCUGAAGGUUCCGCCAGCCAGACUCCCAGGAAGACGGAGGGAGCACAAGCCAAAACCUCUCAGUCUGGAGCCCUCCGUGAUGUCUCUGAGGAGCUGAGCCGCCAGUUGGAAGACAUCCUGAGCACAUACUGUGUGGACAACAGUCAGGGGGGCCCCGCCGAGGAUGGUGCACAUGGUGAGCCUGCCGAACCUGAAGAUGCGGAGAAGUCCCGGACCUAUGCCUCCAGGAACGGGGAGCCUGAGCCAGGGAUCCCAGUAGUCAACGGUGAGAAGACCUCCAAGGGGGAGCCAGGCACAGACGAGAUCCGGGCAAGUGAUGAGGUGGGAGACCGAGACCACCGAAGGCCACAGGAGAAGAAGAAAGCCAAGGGUCUGGGAAAGGAGAUUACAUUACUGAUGCAGACAUUGAACACACUGAGUACCCCCGAGGAGAAGCUGGCAGCUCUGUGCAAGAAGUAUGCUGAACUGCUGGAGGAGCACCGGAACUCCCAGAAGCAGAUGAAGCUCCUGCAGAAGAAGCAGAGCCAGCUGGUGCAGGAGAAGGAUCACCUGCGUGGUGAGCACAGCAAGGCCAUCUUGGCCCGCAGCAAGCUCGAGAGCCUGUGCCGCGAGUUGCAGCGCCACAACCGCUCCCUCAAGGAAGAAGGCGUGCAGCGGGCCCGGGAAGAGGAGGAGAAACGCAAGGAGGUGACCUCGCACUUCCAGGUGACGCUGAAUGACAUUCAGCUACAGAUGGAGCAGCAUAAUGAGCGCAAUUCCAAGCUGCGCCAGGAGAACAUGGAGCUGGCUGAGAGGCUCAAGAAGCUGAUUGAGCAGUAUGAGCUGCGAGAGGAGCAUAUCGACAAAGUCUUCAAGCACAAGGACCUGCAGCAGCAGCUGGUGGACGCCAAGCUCCAGCAGGCCCAGGAGAUGCUGAAGGAGGCCGAGGAGAGACACCAGCGGGAGAAGGAUUUUCUCCUCAAAGAGGCGGUGGAGUCCCAGAGGAUGUGUGAGCUGAUGAAGCAGCAGGAGACCCACCUGAAGCAGCAGCUUGCCCUAUACACGGAGAAGUUCGAGGAGUUCCAGAACACUCUUUCCAAAAGCAGUGAGGUGUUCACCACGUUCAAACAGGAGAUGGAAAAGAUGACUAAGAAGAUCAAGAAGCUGGAGAAAGAAACCACCAUGUACCGGUCCCGGUGGGAGAGCAGCAACAAGGCCCUGCUGGAGAUGGCUGAGGAGAAAACCCUCCGGGACAAAGAGCUGGAGGGCCUGCAGGUGAAAAUCCAGCGGCUGGAGAAGCUGUGCCGGGCGCUGCAGACAGAGCGCAACGAUCUGAACAAGAGGGUGCAGGACCUGAGUGCCGGUGGCCAGGGCCCCCUCACUGACAGCGGCCCUGAGCAAAGGCCAGAGGCUGCCACCGCCUCCAAAGAGCAGGGUGGCGGGGCGCCCGGGGCCCAAGCACCCAGCUCUGUAGGAACCACAGAAGCUCCCUGCUGCCCUGGAGCACCGAGCACAGAAGCAUCAGGCCAAACGGGGCCCCGGGAGCCCACCUCCACCACCGCCUAG